AUGUCAACGGCGAUGGCUACCGGCACUACCGCCAUCUGUCCGGCUGCCACGUCUCGCCCGAAGCACCGCGCUUGCGACGAAUGCCGCACGCGUAAACUCGCUUGCACCAAGGAGCCAGACGGCUGCUCCCGCUGCUUGCGCGAGGGCAUCGACUGCCACUAUUCCCCGCAGAAGCCCAUGGGCCGGCCGAGGAAGCGACCCCUGGACGAGCCGAACGGCGAAAGCGCUGCCGGUGCUCCCGCGGUGAGAAACACGAUGACCGACGUCGCGGCCGAUACGCCGGAGCUCGACUUCUCCUUCCUUGGCCAUAUGGCUACGGAGGAUGCUCAGUCUUACCCGCAAACCAGCCAAGAAAAGCCUUUCUCCUGGGCCUUCGGCUACGCGGGGAACAGCCUCGGGGACGUGGGCUUCGACACGGUUCCCCAGCAUACACCCUCCUUCUCCCCGUCGAAUAUCGACCCGUCUUUGUUCAUUUCCGAGCCCCCGGGUGCGGAGCAGGUGCCUAACCUGUCGCCGAACUCCGCCACCACGCCCGAGAGCAUCGAUAGCUCGAGCGCUCUGCCGCCGCCGUCGCCGGGCUGCGCGCACACCGCAGCCCUGUACCUAUCCCUGGACUCGAUGCAGAGGCUCCCCGAGGGCGUGGAGGAAGGCAUCCGACACGCGCGAAAGGCGACCAAGACGGCGUACGAUGUCGUCUACUGCCCGGUGUGCUCGUUCAAGAUCGAGCCCCCCCACUCGGCAGGCUCCGAAGGGAUCAUGCGCAACUUCCAAAACCUCAUGUUGCUGGCCGCACUGAUUCCUAGCAUCGUGCACGCUUACCAGCGCAUCCUAGAGACCGUCGACCAGGAGGUCAAGAAAGCGGUAGCGGAGCGUCGCCGGCUUGUUUUCAACCUAGCUGGUUUUGGUGGCGUCCUGUUCGGGGACGAAGUAGUAGGGCGCCGCUGCGGCUGCACCUCCACCAGCCUUCUUAACCACCGCGAGAUGGAGCCCGCCAUGUGGCGACUCACGACCAGGGCGCUCUUGAGAGCCGACAUCUACGGGCUGUCAGGCACGAAGACAGAGGUGGCCGACGGUUCACCUCUGUAUAUCGGCCUUAAGGACAUCGUGCUCCAGAUGGAGCAAAAGUCGAAGGCGCGGCACGCGGUUGUAGACGCUCUGAUAGAGUCUGGCGCUUGGCCGGAGCCGAGUUGCGGCUUCAAGAUGCAUGCCAAGGGCGAAACGCCGACAUGCCAGAGGGUCAUCGCCAUUGCGAAGGCGUCUAUAGAGUCGCUGGUCAUACCGUGA